AUGUCACCUUUAAAUGAUAUCACAAAGGAGCCAUUUAUUGGAGGACAUGGACCAAAUGGAGAUGAAGACAUAGUUGCAGAGAUCAUGGGACGACGUUUUUGUCCUUCUUUGAUAACCACCCAUACUUGGGAAGAAUUCAAAUUUGCUGGCCACAGGAUCAAGAUUACAGAAGCUACAGACAGUUAUGGAGCUGUGAUUUGGCCUUCGGCUCUUGUUCUCUGUUAUUUUUUGGAAGCAAAUGUGAAGCUUUGUAACUUGGUUGACAAAAAUGUUAUUGAAAUUGGAGCUGGAACAGGCCUUGUGUCUAUAGUAGCCAGCCUGCUAGGUGCUCAUGUGAUGUCCACGGACUUGCCUGAAGUGCUAGGAAACCUUCAGUACAAUCUUCUCAGAAACACAAAACUGAAAUGCAAGCAUGAGCCUCAGGUGAAAGCUUUGGUCUGGGGGGUGGACCUGCAGAAGAAUUUCCCCAGAUCUUCAUCUCAGUUUGACUACAUAUUGGCUGCUGAUGUUGUAUAUAACCACCCUUUCCUGGAGGAGCUGCUUCUAACCUUUGAUCAUUUGUGUACAGAUAAUACCACCAUCAUCUGGGCCAUGCGGUUCAGACUGGAAAGUGAAAACUGGUUUGUGGACCAAUUCAAAACAAUGUUCCAUCUGGAAAUGCUUUCUGAUUUUCCUAGUUUAAAUAUAACCCUGUUUAGAGCAAAGAGGAGGCCAAAACAACUCCAAUGA